AUGAGCUUAAACUUUAGCGACGAUGAUGAUGUGUACACCCAGGAUGGGGCGAAAAAUGGAGAGGGAGAUGACUUAAAUGCGGGAGCAGGAGAGGACCCCACGGGGAGCGUGGCGGAGGACUACACGGGGUACGCGGCAGAGGACUACAUGGGAGACGCGGUGGACGAUCCCGUUGAGGAAGAGCGCAAUGAACAGGAGGAAAAGAAGAAACGGAAAAAAGCAUGGUCGUUGAAUAAAAUUACUAGCUACAUUAGGAAGAAGCGGAAGAGCGAGCAGAGGAACAGCUACACAGACAAGUGGAACGACUCGCAUGGAGGUGAUAAUCAGGGCAGUAGCGAUGGGGAAGGCGGCAGUGACGAUGACGCAAUGGGGGAUGAAAUGGGCGAUGAAGAAGACGAGCUGCAAAAGUACAAAAGAAAAAUUGAUUACAACGAAAAGCACUACACCGCAGCCAUUCGGAAGAUACUACAGUGCGUGACGAAUGACUACAAAACUGUUGUUAUUGCAAAGUUGUUCGAAAAUCAAGUGCUCAAAAAGUACUUAAUUUUACCUGACCAGUCAGAUUUUUUUAAAAAUAGCAAAAUUGAAUAUAUCGGGAGGAAUACGUCUGUCCCUAUUAUAAGAAGGAAGAAUUAUUUGCUGGCAAUAAAAAAAAGCUAG